CAUUUUUAGAUGCCUAUAAAUGUCCUCCUUCAAAAAUCAGAACACAUUACCCACAUCAACUUCACCACAUUAAGCUUCAGAAGUACUAGCAACAAUCAAAACAACACACCUUGGAAGGCAACCGAAUAACAACAAACAUACAUCAACUAUGGAUCACAGAUCAUCAUCAAAACAUGAUACUGGAGUUGAGAUCAAAUCAACUAAUAAGGGAUUACUAUUAUCUAAACCUUAUGAACCCUGUCACUCAAUUUCUUCCACUUCUUCCAAGACGAAUGGCACUGAAAGAGAAGCAAGUUCAAGUCCCAAGUUAAUUGAAAUUAUGAAACAGAAGUUGAGUCAUGGUGCCCAAAUGAUUCAACUAGGCAGCACUCCAGGUAAAAUCUUUAGGAAAACCUUCGGUAUCAGAGAGGAAGAGAAACUGUUACAGGCUUCCCAAUGCUACUUGUACACUACAGCAGGUGCAAUUGCAGGCAUCCUUUAUGUGUCUACAGAAAGGGUUGCAUUUUGCAGUGAUAGGUCCCUUAAAACUUAUUCUCCCACAGGCGAGCUGCUAAAGUUCCAAUAUAAGGUGUCAAUCCCAUUAGGAAAGAUAAAAGGAGUAAGAGAAAGCAUGAACAUGAAGAGGCUUUCAUAUAACUAUGUGGAGGUAGUGACUGUUGAUGAUUUCAGCUUUUGGUUUCUGGGCUUUGAAAAUUAUAAGAAAACAUUAAGAUAUCUCCAUCAUGCAAUUGGCCACGAAUGCUUAUGUAAUAGAUGUUGAAAACUAGUUCUUAAAUUUGAUGUACAUUUUUCAUGUAAAGUCUUACAGUUGUUUCCAAAUUUUUGUAGUAGAUCUACUUUCGCUAAUGAGUAAAAGAUGUAUCUGUUGUUACAUGAUCAAAAAAUGUUGAUUUUAGGA